AUGGCUCGUGGACUGCAGAUAAGAGAUGAACAAAGUGGCUACAACAAAAAUCUAUUUUGCAUUCCUAAGCAUUAUGAAGAAGAUUUAGAAAGAGUCUUCAUUCCUCAUGGACUCAUCCUGGACAGGACAGAACGCUUGGCUAGAGAUAUCAUGCAAGACAUGGGAAGUCAUCACAUUGUUGCACUCUGUGUCCUUAAAGGAGGCUAUAAAUUCUUUGCUGAUUUGCUGGACCAUAUAAAAGCACUAAAUCAAAAUGGUGACAAAUCUGUGCCUAUUACUGUGGAUUUUGUUAGAAUAAAAAGCUACUGUAAUGAUUCACCUGCAGGAAAAAUCAGUUUUGUUGGCGAGGAACUGUCUACACUAAAUGGGAAGAAUGUGUUAGUAGUAGAGGACAUUAUUGAGACUGGUAGAACAAUGACAGCACUACUUUCAAAAAUAAAAGACAAGAAACCAAGGAUGGUGAAAGUUGUAAGCCUGCUUGUUAAAAGGACAUGUCGAAGCCCAGGUUACAGGCCAGACUAUAUAGGCUUUGAAAUUCCAGAUAAAUUUGUGGUUGGAUAUGCCCUUGAUUAUAAUGAGUACUUCAGAGAUCUGAAUCAUAUCUGUAUUCUGAAAGAGAAUGCCAAAGAGAAAUAUCGGAUGUGA